AUGGCCCAGCGGAUCCAGAUUGCCCUUCAUCCUGCUGUCUCGGCUGCAGGCUGCUUCUUCCUUCGGACCCGUCCUCGGCUGAACUUGCCCCUCCCGUUGCUACCCUCUUAUCCCCAGCCAUGGAGGGGUGAUACUGGGUCCCUGUUGAAAGCAUUUGGUAAAGUUUGUUGGGCAAGUUUAGCCAGUCUCAGUAAUGCCCCUCGCGCAAACCGACCCCGUUCCGAUCCAGGCCCGCUCGGCUUCCGGCGGACCCUAUCUUCGUGUUUGCUACUCUCUAGUACACACAUGUUCCCGUCUACAACUGCCUCCUCGCCGCUCUCUUCUGUUGCAUCUACCUGCCUCCCCAACCAUACUUUGUCGUUUGAGACUUUCAUUAGUUGUUCCCGCCGUUCUUUCUCUUCCAUCUCUUCUCCUGCCUUAGACGUAGAAUCGACUAUCCAGUCCGGCCUCAAUAAUACAGAAGACAACAUGGGCUCUCUUCCGACCAUCGCCCCCUUCAAGGUGUUCGUCGCCGGCACUUCGUAUGCUGGCAUGUCCACGGCCCUUAACCUCCUGGACCUCAGCAAGGGCGAGUCGCCGCGUCUCGCUCACACCCCCUACGAGCACCACCCCGACUUCACCAAGAUCCCUCUCGAGAUCACCAUUGCCGACGAGCGUGAUGGCUUCUUCCACUUGAUCGGCUCCCCGCUCGCCUUCGCCGACCCCAAGUACGCCGCCAAGUCCUGGGUCAAGUUCCAAGAUAUUCCCGCCCUGCAACGGCCCAACGUUCGCUUCGUCCAAGGUAGCGUCAGCAAGGUUGACCCGGCCACCAAGACGGCAACCGUCCUCGACCACGUCACGAAGCAGCCCCAGGACUACUCCUACGACUUCUUCGUUGGCGCCUCCGGCCUUCGCAGACAGUUCCCCGUUGUGCCACAAUCCCUCACCAGGAAGCAGUUCCUUCUGGAGGCCGAAGAGCAAAUCCACGCCGUCCGUAAUGCCCCCGACGGCGUUGUCGUCGUCGGAGGUGGUGCCGUCGGUAUCGAGAUGGCCGCUGAGCUGAAGCUCGUCGAGCCCGACAGCAAGGUCACCCUCGUCCACUCCCGUGACAAGCUCCUCUCAUCCGAGGGUCUCUCCGAUGAGUGCAAAGACAAGGCCCUCGAGCUGACCAUAGAGGCCGGCGUUGAGGUGCUCCUCAACCACCGUGUCAAGGAGACGCGCAAGCUCGACACGCCGGCCGCUGGCGGCCGCGCGCGGUACGAGGUCGAGUUCACCAACGGCCACAAGCUCAUUACCAGCGAGGUCGUCAUGGCCAUCUCCCGCAGUGUGCCGUCGACUGACUACUUCCCCGCUGCCGCCAAGGACGAGGAGGGCUACAUCCACGUCAACCCCAGCCUUGUGCUGUCCUCUGACAUCCCCAACGCCUCCGACCACAUCGCCGUCGGCGACAUCGCCAAGUGGUCCGGCAUCAAGCGUUGCGGCACCGCCAUGCACCACGGCCACAUGGCUGCCAUCAACGUUCACCAGCUCAUGCUGGUCAAGCUGACGAACCAGACCCACCAGCCCAAGUUCUCUGAGCUCGGUCACGUCGACCCCAUGAUUGGCCUUGCCGUCGGCAAGAAGGCCGUUGCCAGCAGCCCGACUACGGGUACCCAGUGGGGCGAGGACGUUAUGCAAUCAUACUUCCGCGACGACCUCGGCUUCGAUAUCUGCUGGGGUCACAUGGGACUCGGAAAGGUCGACAACUGA